GGCAAACAAACUGAAAUAAUCCAAAAGAGGCGAACACCUUCCCAUCGUCACGGUUUGGUCAUUGACGCGGUGAUCCAUAGCAUAACAUACAUAAAGACCCAGGAACGAGCUUCUUCCUUCUAUUUGGUUUGCCUACAGGAGCCCAAUCUGCAGUCCGUCACUGCUAUCAAAAACAUGUCAUCUCCGGAACCAGCACAAAUAACACCUAAAGCCUCAAAAAACAAAAUCAAAGAGACUUCAAAGAAAAAGUCAAAAUCGCACUCAGUCACUGUCACCGGUAAUGGAAAAAACGAAGGAGAGAAUCCACACUGGGCUUACAAACCUCCGCCUGGUUAUAAAUUAUUCGACCAUGCAUUCGAAACGGAGACUUUCGAUUGGGACUCCGUUCAGAAGGAUGACGAUCUGGAAAUAUGGCUAAUACGUGUUCCAGACUCGGUCAAACCCCAACAUCUUGACGGACUGGAGAUUGAUGCGCCCUCGUCCUCACGAAGCGGUCAGGUUGGUAGCUUGUCGCGGAAGAGCACUGUCUAUGAUAUAUGGUCCAUGGGUGACGAUGAUACAGAGUUCGCUGGAGCAGAGGAACUGAGAGGACUGUCAUGUUUGCUUCCUAGAAGAAGAAAAAUGGGCAAGCUGUACGUAGCACCAAAAGAGAUUGCACGUCAUCUCGUUGUUUCAGCACAGCCAUCAAGAGCAAGCCCUCCGGAGCACCCAUCCAUUCUGCACCAAAAUCCUCCUCGCCCCUCACACCCAAAAGAAUUACUCAAGCAUCAUUUCGUGCCAUGCGGAGCCAAGCCCCCAAUAAACAGUGAUCAUGCGAGUAUAGAUACUGACGGUCAAGCGGAGGGCGGUGAUGCUGGUUCUAGCUUUGGAGGGUCACCCCGCAAGACAAAAGAGUCCAUGGUAAAGGAGUCGAAGAGCACGAAACGUAAAGUUGAGGGAGACACACUUCGUAAGAUAACGAUUAAAAAACCCAAAAUUGCGAAGUAUGUAGGGUGAAUAUUGAGGCUACGAUCACGUCUUAGGUGUAACGCUUUUGCAUAGUACAGGAGUAUUAAACGCGCAUGUAAUAUGGAAAGGCGGUGUACAAGAAACUUGUAAUCCACGGGGAGAAUAAGAUAGAUUACGAUAGGCAAAGCUCUACUGUCUCCUAUGUCAUCCAACAUCCAUCUCAUCUCCAUUUCCUUGGGUAGUCCGU